CGUGCAGCUGUUAAACUUCUGCACUUCUCACUGGGAAAUCAGCAUACGCCACUCUAAUAWGUAAUGGAGAUUCCAGUAUUCAUUGURGAUGCAUUUACCAAUUUACCUUUCAAAGGAAAUCCUGCAGCAGUUUGUCCCCUUUUACAUGAAUUGCAGGAUGAUAUGUACCAGAAAAUUGCUGCUGAAAUGAACCUGUCAGAGACCGCCUUCAUCAUAAGGCUAAAUUCAAAAGAUGACUUCAGCUCAGGAGCACGCUUUCGCUUGCGUUGGUUCAGCCCCACCAAUGAGGUUCCUCUGUGUGGACAUGCCACCCUAGCUUCAGCUGCUGUACUGUUUUACAAAAAAAAAAAUGUCAACACAACAGUGGUAUUUGAGACUUUGAGUGGAGAGCUGUAUGUACAACAACAGGGGGAAUCUAUAGUGAUGGAUUUCCCUCUGAACAAACCUACUCCGCUGGGUCUCAAUGAAUUUAAAGACAUAGUUAAUGCUGCUGUGGGAGACCAGUCAGUUGAAGAAGUGUGCCUCUGUGGCACUACCAAAAAGCUAAUGGUGCGCCUUGCUGACACUUGUGACAGGUCAGUGCUCACAUCCCUGCAGCCAGACCCAGCAGUUCUUCUCAGUGUAAACACUGGCGGAAGGGUUAGGGGUCUGAUUGUCACCAUGAUUGGAGCCCCUGGCUGUCAGCCUGGCUAUGACUUCUACUCCAGAAACUUCUCCCCCUGGUUCGGGAUUCCUGAGGACCCUGUGACUGGCUCUGCACAUACUGUCCUUGCAGGCUACUGGUCUGAGAAACUGGGCAAGAAAAAGAUGCUGGCCUAUCAGUGCUCCAGUCGUGGUGGGGAGUUGGAGCUGGAGCUACGGGAUGAUGGCAGACUGAAUAUCGCUGGCCAGGCUGUAACCGUCCUGCAAGGGAUUCUAACUGUGUAGAGGCUAUACUGUUCACUUCGACCUAGCUAAAUAAUCUGUAGACCUAGCUGUGGCUACAGAUUAUUUGAGUUUGAGAUUAUUCCAUUGUAUCAAGUUGUUAUUAAUUUAACAGAUGCUCUUAUCCAGAGCGAUUUACAGGUUUGGGUUAAGUGCCUUGCCAAGGGCACAGGCAGAUUUUUCAC